AUUACCUAAGGCAGCGAUAAAGCUUGUCGCCUUAGACGCCCAAACGUUGACAUGAAUGUUGGUCUUACAUCGAACUGGAGGAUAUUGAUUUUCUUGCCUUUGACCUGUCCGCCAAGAGUCCUCUCUUGGACCAGAACAAGCAGACGACUGCAAGCCAUCAACCAUUUUCACUUCGACAUGGUGCUCCACUGGCUUCCAGGUGCUCACUACAUAUGUUCCGGACUCCUCUUGUCAUACCAAGAACACGUCUCAAUACUCUUUCGCACACGAGGUGCCAAGUUCCAUCUUUCCAUUCGACCCAAUAAAAUUCACCCGCUAGAAACCAGCAGCAAGAAUGAAACUGUGACGACGGAGUUAAAUGAUGCCCAUGUGGACUUUCCGGGACAAAUAGUAGAAAUAUUGCAAUAUUACGGAGACGGGUUUCAGCGGUUCGAAAUCCUCGAGCCAGUGCUCGCCAUAUUUAUGCUGGCUAAUACGUACCUUACCGCAUGUGUCACCCCGACGCGGAUAAGGGAAAUUAAAGAUGGUGCCCCGUAUAUGGGAUCUACAACUAGCUGAGCAGGCGAAGCGCCUUGAGCGAUUAGAACAUUCUUGCAACUUGCAAUGUACGCAGCCCAUCAGUGAUCCGGGUGAUCACCGGAGUUUGCAUCCAAAGUUUAUGCACCGGUCGGAGCAGAACCGACGGGGCCAGUACUGUCUAUGUGCUAUAGCAAAAAGAUAUUGCAGUCGCGCGUCACAAAAUGCGCCAUGGCCCAUGGGCUCCUAUUUGCGUAUGGCUACUUGCGACCGUAACCGUGUCUCAACUCCCUAGGUCCACUGUUUCGAUGUCAAUGUCGUCU